AUGACUGAAGGGAUUGAGGAAGUGAUUCGUAAGGCCUGGGCAGACUCCUGCAAUCUUGACAUGCCAGGCAAGUUGCAAAGUGUUGCUCAUGGGCUGACCUUGUGGAGUAAGGAUGCCUUCGAAGAUCUAGGGGAGAAGAUUGCUGAGAUUGAAGAGGUCUUGAAGGAGGCUAAGAGAAACGUGGGCUGCCAGGCAAACUUCGAAGAGUCUGAUAGACUCGAAGGGAUUCUCAAUGAUCUUCAUGAUAAAAACGAAGCAUAUUGGUUCCUCUGUUCGAGAGUGUUCGAAAUCAAAGAUGGGGAUAGAAACACCAAAUAUUUCCACCACAUGGCUGCUCAACGACGAAGUAAAAAUUAUAUAAAAGGGCUCAUGAACACUGAUGGGGUGCGGCUUACAGGGAAUAAAGAUAUUGAGAAAAUCAUCCUCGACUUCUAUGGGUCACUUUUUGCCAAAGGAGCCACGGAUGAUACUUUGACGGAAGAGGUCCUCAAUUGUGUUCCGACACUUGUGACGGAAGGUAUGAAUUUAUCUUUAUGCCGUGCUUACUCCGAAGCUGAAAUAUUUGCUGCUCUUUCUCAAAUGAGUCCUUACAAUGCAUUGAUUGCCCUUGAACUUUUCCACACUAUGAAGAAGAGAUCUAAGGGUCGUCGUGGGUCGAUUGCGAUGAAAUUGGAUAUGAGCAAAGCUUACGACAAAGUGGAGUGGGAUUUCCUAAGAAGACUUUUGACCAAAUUGGGGUUUGCUGGAGCUUGGGUUGAUACUAUCAUGGCUUUUGUGACUACAGUUCGAUACUCCUUCAUUAUUAACGGCAUCCCUUCGGACCCAUUGACUCCUUCUAGAGGGCUCUGUCAGGGAGACCCUAUUUCCCCCUAUAUUUUCAUUCUGGUUGCUGAUGUAUUGUCCAGAAUGUUACAGGUGGCAUCGGAGAAGAAAUUGAUCCAUGGAGCUCGGGCUAGUAGAAAUGGCUCGGAGAUUACUCAUUUGUUUUUUGCAGAUGAUAGUCUUCUUUUUACUAGAGCUACUCGACAGGAAUGUUCAAUCAUUGUUGAUAUUCUCAACAAAUAUGAAGCAACUUCCGGGCAAAAAAUUAAUCUGGAAAAGUCGGAGGUAUCUUUCAGUAGAGGAGUUCAAUUACCAUCUCAGAUCACUUUUAGCUCUAUUCUUGGUAUGGAAAUGGUGGAUAAUCAUAUCAAGUAUCUUGGCUUGCCAACUAUCAUAGGGAGAUCAAAGAAAACAGUGUUUGCUUCUGUGAAGGAUCGAAUAUUGAAGAAGAUUCAAGGUUGGAAAGAGAAACUCUUAUCUAGAGCGGGAAAGGAGAUCCUACUCAAGUCAGUCAUCCAAGCCAUCCCAACAUACCUCAUGGGGAUGUAUAAAUUUCCGAGUAGCUUGAUUAGAGAAAUUCAUGCGAUGAUGGCUCGAUUCUGGUGGGGGUCGAAUGAAAAAGGUAAGAAGAUUCAUUGGAAGAGUUGGGACUCGUUAUGUCAACCGAAGUGUCUAGGAGGAAUGGGGUUCAGAGAUUUAGGAAUUUUCAACGAAGCUCUUCUCGGGAAACAAUUAUGGCGUCUUGCAACGAAUGAACACUCUCUUUUUAGUCGUAUUCUCAAAGCCAAAUAUUACCCGAGAACUUCUAUAUUCGAGGCUGCUCUAGGACCGAUUUCAAGCUAUUCAUGGCAGAGUUUAUGGGGCUCAAAGGCUCUCGUCAAUGAAGGUAUGUUGUGGAGAGUUGGCAAUGGUCGUAGGAUCAACAUCUGGAAUAACCCGUGGCUCAUUGAUGAUAUGAGUAGAUUCGCCACGAGCGAUAAUCAGACGAACAUGGCUUCAACUGUGAAUGAGUUGAUGGAAUUAGAUGGUUGUGGUUGGGAUGUGAGUAAGGUGGAGAGUAUGUUUAAUGAUAGGGAUAAGCAAGCCAUCCUUGCCAUCCCAAUCAGUGAACGAAGUCCAGAGGAUACUCUCACUUGGGCAUGGUCAAAGGAUGGCCUGUAUAGCGUGAAAACAGCCUACAUCUUGGGUAAGUCCCUAGCCCUUGAUGACUUCGAACGCUAUUGGGUUGAAAUCUGGAAAGCGAAGGCCACCCCGAAGGUUCUCCAUUUUCUCUGGAAAUGUUGCUCAAAUUCCCUGCCAAUCCGUAGCUUACUGACCCACAGACAUAUUACCAAUGAUCCUUUAUGUCCCUGCUGCGAGACUGAACCAAAAACAGCUUCCCACGCUGUGGUGUUAUGCCCCAGUACGCGUUCUCUAAGGAUGCGUAGCGGCUGA